AUGCAGGAAGCGCUAGUCCCGCUGCCGGCGGACCCGGGCCCUAGCCCCGUGCCUGCCUUUCUCGGGAAGCUAUGGGCUUUGGUGGGCGACCCGGGCACCGACCACCUGAUCCGCUGGAGCCCGAGCGGAACCAGUUUCCUCGUAAGCGACCAGAACCGUUUCGCCAAGGAGGUGCUGCCCCAGUACUUCAAGCACAGCAACAUGGCGAGCUUUGUGCGGCAACUCAAUAUGUACGGUUUUCGGAAGGUGGUGAGCAUCGAGCAGGGAGGCCUGCUCAGGCCGGAGCGCGAUCACGUCGAGUUCCAGCACCCGAGCUUCGUGCGCGGUCACGAGCAGCUACUGGAGCGUGUGCGGCGCAAGGUGGGAGCUGCCGACAGAAACUGGUGGAGGUGUUGGGACGGCAGGCCCUGCCCUACACGACCUUGUCCGGACGGUGCCUGUCGCCUGCAGGUGCCCGCGCUGCGCAGCGACGACGGCCGCUGGCGCCCCGAGGACUUGGGGCGGCUGCUGAGCGAAGUGCAGGCUCUGCGGGGCGUGCAGGAGAGCACAGAGGCGCGGCUGCGCGAGCUCAGGCAGCAGAAUGAGGUCUUGUGGCGGGAGGUGGUGACGCUGCGGCAGAGCCACGGGCAGCAGCACCGAGUCAUUGGCAAGCUGAUCCAGUGCCUCUUCGGGCCACUUCAAGCGGGGUCCAGCAGCGCAGGGGCCAAAAGAAAGCUGUCUCUGAUGCUGGAUGAGGGGAGCGCAUGCCCGCCACCUGCCAAAUUCAGCUGUCCCCUGCCUGGUGCCCUCCUGCAGGACCCCUACUUUAUCCAGUCACCACUCCCAGAAACCACCUCCAGCCUCAGCAGCCCCCACAGGUCCAGGGGACCCAUCAUCUCUGACAUCCCUGAAGAUUCCCCAUCCCCAGAAGGGACUGGGCUUUCUCCCUCCAGUGGUGGUGGGAGGGAGAAGGGUCUGGCAUUGCUCAAAGAAGAGCCGGCCAGCCCAGGGGGGAAAGUCGAGGCUGGGCUGGCCCUGGCCCCAAACGAGUGUGACUUCUGCGUGACAGCCCCCCCACUGCUGCCUGUGGCUGUGGUCCAGGCCAUCCUGGAAGGGAAGGGGAGUUUCAGCCCCGAGGGGCCCAGGAAUGCCCAACAGCCUGAACCAAGGGGCCCCAGGGAGGUCCCUGACAGGGAGUCUCUGGGCCUGGAGCGGGGGGGCCGGAGCCCAGAGGGUCUACUGCCUCCAGUGCUGCUUCGGGGCACCCCAGAAAGUCUGGAGCCUGCAGGGCCCCUGGAUGUGCUGGGCCCCAGCCUUUCAGGACGAGAGUGGACACUGAUGGACUUGGACAUGGAGCUGUCCCUGAUGCAGCCCUUGGUUCCAGAGAGAGGUGCGGCUGAGCUGUCAGUCAAGGGGUUAAAUUCACAGGGUCCAGGGAAGGAUCCCACGCUUGGGAGGCCGCUCCUGCUGGACGUCCCGGCAGCUUUGGGAGGCCCAGCCCUCGGCCUGCCUGGGGCUUUGACCAUUUAUGGCACCCCUGAGAACCGGGCGUCCUACCUGGGCCCAGGAGCCGGUCCCUCUCCUUGA